CCCAGUCCAAGAUGGCUGCGUCCACAGUGCGGCUCUUGUGGUCUUUACUGGCUCAUCCGGGGCUCCGGCCCCGGGGAAGCUGGGUCUACAGCCAGUGCUUAGGAAGAAAAUUCGCUACAGCGAGACGAGGCCGGAACCUCCUGUUCGAGCACGCGCGCGAGGGCUACAGCGAACUACCUCAGCUGGACAUGGAGGCGCUGUGCGCAUGCCCAGAAGAGGCCGCGCGCGCACUGGAGCUCCGCAAGGGGGAGUUGCGUCCUGCAGACUUGCCUGCGAUCAUCUCGACAUGGCAGGAACUUAAGCAGCUGCGGGAACAGAUACAGAGCCUAGAGGAAGAGAAGAAGACUAUCACGGAGGCAGUGCGGGCCCUGCUGGACCCCCAAUACCAGGGUCUGCGGGCACAUGGCCGGGAGAUCCGGAAGCAGCUUGUCCUCCUGUACCCCAAGGAGGCCCAGCUGGAGGAGCAGGUCUACCUGCAGGCAUUGAAGCUGCCCAACCAGACCCACCCGGAUGUGCCUGUCGGGGAUGAGAGCCAGGCCCGGGUGCUCCACGUGGUCGGAGACAAGCCAGCUUUCUCCUUCCAACCCCGAGGCCACCUGGAAAUUGGUGAGAAACUCGACAUCAUCCGUCAAAAGCGCCUGUCACACGUAUCUGGCCACCGCUCCUAUUACCUGCGUGGGGCUGGGGCCCUCCUACAACACGGUCUGGUCAACUUCACACUCAACAAACUUGUCCAGCAGGGCUUCACCCCCAUGACGGUACCAGACCUCCUCCGAGGAGCCGUGUUUGAAGGCUGUGGGAUGACACCAAAUGCCAACCCAUCCCAAAUUUACAACAUUGACCCAUCCCGCUUUGAAGACCUCAACCUGGCUGGGACGGCAGAGGUGGGCCUCGCAGGCUACUUCAUGGAUCACUCUGUAGCCUUCAGGGACCUGCCAAUCAGGAUGGUUUGUUCCAGCACCUGCUACCGGGCAGAGACAGACACAGGGAAGGAGCCAUGGGGGCUGUAUCGAGUACACCACUUCACCAAGGUGGAGAUGUUUGGGGUGACAGGCCCUGGUCUGGAGCAGAGCUCACAGCUGCUGGAGGAAUUCCUGUCCCUUCAGAUGGAGAUCUUGACAGAGCUGGGCUUGCACUUCCGGGUGCUGGAUAUGCCCACCCAGGAGCUGGGCCUUCCUGCCUACCGCAAGUUCGACAUUGAGGCCUGGAUGCCAGGCCGUGACUGCUUUGGAGAGGUCACCAGUGCUUCCAACUGCACAGACUUCCAAAGCCGCCGCCUCCACAUCAUGUUCCAGACAGAGGCUGGGGAGCUGCAAUUCGCCCACACGGUGAACGCCACAGCCUGUGCCAUCCCUCGCCUCCUCAUUGCUCUUCUGGAGAACAAUCAGCAAAAGGAUGGCUCGGUCCUUGUGCCUCCUGCCCUUCAGCCCUACCUCGGCACCGAUCGCAUCACAGCCCCCACCCACACCCCUCUCCAGUAUAUCGGCCCCAACCAGCCCCAGAAGCCCAGGUUCCCUGGCCAACCUGCUGUGGGCUGAGAACGCAUCCAUAGCAGCCAGCGAGGUGUCACAGCUUUCUGGAGCUCAGGGGACCCUGGACACCUGGGACCUGUUUUCCUGAGCCUCCUGACAUCUGGUUUCCUCAUGUCAGCCCUACACCUGGGCACCUGGACUCCAGAGUUCACCUUUCCUGCUUCUUUACUGCUUCAGAAUCAGUCACUGACCCUGAUUCUGUCAUUGGGGGACUCCUGCAGUAGGAAGCAGGACAUCUGAGGACUUGAAGGUUCUAGGGAUGGAAGAAGGAAAGGAAGAGGCUGUGCCUCCUUCCUUCUUCCCUCCCUCAGUGCUAAGCAGAAAGUCUCCAAUAAAUGGU